AUGGCAGAACCAGUGCAAGAAGCAACCCCUCCACCUGGCGAAGACGACACGCAGGCUCAGCAGCCAGCUCUCCCGACGGAACAAGAAGGAGCGGCGCCAUCACCCGCGGCAGCGGCGGCGGCGGACCCAACGACACCAGUGGACACCGACCAGGAGCUUGAGCAGGCGCUUCGCGCAGCGCUCGCGGGCCCGGCCAAGGACCUCGGCCUGCUGUGCAAGACCCUGGGGGACAGGUUCUGCCUCGAGCCGAGGCGCAGCAGGAGAAAAGAUACGCAAGCUGUAUGCGACUCUGGAUCGGACACCACCUCUCCGGCUGACCAGGAGCCGAGCAGCAGCGAGACGGACGGGGACAGCAACAGUGCGAGCGGGAGCGGCGGCGGAAGCAGCAGCAGCAGCAGCAGCAGCACCGCCGAGAGGGAAAGCAGGGAGGACGACCUCCAAGCCGUGUCUGCGGCAGCGAAGAUCUCCGCCGAUCUGCUAUCGAGUGCCUGGAGUGCGCUAUCCGCGUGGCGCGAAGCGAUCUCCGAAGGAGAUCUGUUGGACGUGUUCAACUCCAUGGAGGGCGAAUGGUACCUCGGAAAGGUGCUCCACACGGUAGACGAAGAGGAGGAGGGAGGGGAAGGGAAGCCGGAGUUGCAGGCGAUGGAGGAGGUGAAGGAGUGGAUCCGCGAGGACGAGUUCGGGAAUAUCGUGGCGAGAGGCAUCGUGGGAGAAGACGACCCUUACGACCCAAAGGUUUUCGACAGGAAGAAGGCGGAGGUCGAGGGGGAGGCGGAAGAGAAGAACCCUGUGCCGGUUGAGGGAGCCACAACCAACAGGUACGGUCGCGUGGUGGUUCCUCGCGUUAACCUCGCCACACCGAAGGGAAAGGGAAAGGCCAAGGACCCCAACGGGGACGGCGGCGUCGGCGGCGGGGACGACGCGGAAUGCAAUGAGGGGGAGGGGGAGGGGGAGGGGGGCACCGCGGAUGGUGAAAGUGGCAAUGGCAAGAAGCGCACGAACCGGAAAGCCUUGGUGGCAGAGGGAGGGGGCGCCGUGAACAGUGCGGACGACUGGAUAUGCGCCGUGUGCUCGCAGCUCGACACGCCGUGCAUGUCGGACAUGGUCACCUGCGACGGCCCCUGCCUCCGCAGCUUCCACGUGGUGUGCCUCGACCUCGGCGAGGAUGCUCUGAAGGAGGAGAAGUGGCUGUGCGAGGACUGCGAGCGGGGGGAGCAUGAGUGA